GCGACAAGCCACACAAGUGUGAGUUCUGUGACAAGUGCUUCAGCCGGAAGGACAACCUGACCAUGCAUAUGCGCUGCCACACGAGCGUGAAGCCACACAAGUGCCACCUGUGCGACUACGCGGCUGUGGACAGCAGCAGCCUCAAGAAGCACCUACGCAUCCACUCGGACGAGCGGCCGUACAAGUGCCAGCUCUGCCCCUACGCCAGCCGCAACUCCAGCCAGCUCACCGUGCACCUGCGCUCACACACAGGGGACACCCCCUUCCAGUGCUGGCUCUGCAGCGCCAAGUUCAAAAUCAGCUCGGACUUGAAGCGGCACAUGAUCGUGCACUCGGGGGAGAAGCCUUUCAAGUGCGAGUUCUGUGACGUGCGCUGCACCAUGAAGGCGAACCUCAAGUCGCACAUCCGCAUCAAGCACACCUUCAAGUGUCUGCACUGUGCCUUCCAGGGCCGCGACCGGGCCGACCUGCUGGAGCACAGUCGUCUGCAUCAGGCUGACCACCCCGAGAAGUGUCCCGAGUGCAACUACUCCUGCUCCAGCCCAGCCGCCCUGCGCGUGCACCGCAGGGUCCACUGCAAGGACCGGCCCUUCAAGUGUGACUUCUGCAGCUUUGACACAAAGCGGCCCAGCAGCCUGGCCAAGCACAUCGACAAGGUGCACAGGGAAGGGGCCAAGACAGAGAACAGGGCCCCGCUGGACAAGGAUGGGCCCGGGGACAGCAGCCCCCACCACGUGGCCAAGAUCGUCGCCCAGAGGGCCUUCCAGUGCGACAAGUGUGGCGCCUCCUUCGUCAGGGACGACUCUCUCAGGUGUCAUCGGAAGCAGCACAGUGACUGGGGUGAGAGUAAGAACUCAAACCUGGUCACUUUCCCCUCGGAAAGCCUUGCCUCGGGGCAGCUCAGCCCCUUGGUCUCGGUGGGGCAGCUGGAGAGCCCCCUGGAGCCCAGCCGUGACCUCUAGAGCAGCAUGAGUGGUCUCUCAGGAAUCUGAACAAAGC